AUGCCGCAGCCAAGCUGGAGAUCACCCGCGAUUGCGGGGAAAGCUUGGUGGCUGGAGUCUGGGGAGAUUGAUGAUCCCUGCAUGGAGCAUGAGGACCUUGAAUUCAUCAAGGCGGCGUGGGCAAGGCAACGGCGCUAG